GAAGCAGGUUGGACGGCACUCCACUUCGCGGUGAGUGGUGGCUUCGUGGAAGUCGUCUCGCUGCUUCAGCACGCGAAAGGGGCGUUGGGUGCGAAAACCUUCGAAGGAGACUCGCUUUUGCAGAUGGCAGUACAAGCAGAUGAUGCUUCAAUGAGCCAACUACUGCUCGCCUCCUUACCGGAG